AUGGCCUGCAGGGGCUGCACUCGACCCAGGGGCCUGGCCCGGGCCCUGCGACUGACCCUGGCAUGGAUCCUGCUGGGAGCCUGUGGAGGGAGCCACCCAUUCCCGGCCACGUCCUGGAGACAUCAGAGGCUGGCGGCCGAUCUGGGCACAGGCCAGUUGCAUCUGGCAGAGAUGGACACGCCAGAGGCAUCGGGCCCUGGGAUCGUCCCAGAGCGCUGCGGGGAACCGAAUCCUGGGUGCAAAUCCUUCCUGGGACACCUCCAAGUUGCCCUCCGCAGUCGCUUGCGCCUGCUGCUAUUGGGGGUACGCCUGGCGCAACCACUCUGCGCGGAGCUCUGCGAUGCCUGGUUUGCCACCUGCGAAAGUGAUAUCACCUGCGGCCCCACUUGGCUCCCUUUCCUAGAAAAGAGGGGCUGCGAGGCGGACUGCACUACCUAUGGGCAGACCUUCGCUGACGGAGCCGAGCUUUGCCGCUCGGUUCUGGGCUACGCGCUGCCGGUGGCAGCCCCUGGCGCUGGUCACUGCCUCAACGUCUCCGUCUCGGUGCUUCCGCGUCCCAGACACGGACGGAGGGCCCGGGAAACCGCCUCCCCGCGCCGCCGCCGCCGUCGCUCCUGGAUCCUGGGCGCUGCGGGCAGCGGGAGCGGCAGCGGCAGCGGCAGCGGCCCCUAG